UCUUGAUUGCGUAAUGCUGUUAAACAUAGCGUGUUCUCAAUAGCAGGGUCAUACAUACGUGAAUCAUGAGGACGCCAACGCUCUACUUAGCCGUUCUAACAACCUUAAGUUUUACACCAUACGCAAAUGCAGCAAAUUUCACAUUCUCCUCCUACUACCAUGACCACAUGGUGCUACAACAGAGUUCCGCCGGGACAAGCAUAUGGGGACACUCCAGCAAAAUCGGUGACGUAGUACACAUCAAACUAAACAACAAUGAAGUUGCUAGGGCCACGGUAGAUAGUCAUCAGAUCUGGCAAGCGACAUUUACGAGUCCUACUGACCACGGUCCGUAUACAGUAUCCGCCACGUCCAGCCUGGGGACACUCCAGAUCUCUGACGUUCUAUUCGGUGACGUGUGGCUGUGUUCAGGACAGAGCAAUAUGGAGUUUUAUAUUUCUAAGCUAAUGAAUGCGACGGAAGAGUAUGCAGACAGUGCAAAGUACCCCAAUAUUCGACUGUUUCACGUACACAAGGAAUUUUCUACCACACCCUUUACCGACGUUAGACACAUAGAUGCAGCUUGGUUGAAACCAACUCAACAAAGUCUUGUAAGGUAUUCAGCGGUUUGUUGGUUGUUUGGAAAGUACCUGUCACAGCAUUAUAAUUAUCCAAUCGGCUUGGUCGAGACAAACUGGGGAGGAACACGAAUCGAACCGUGGUCAUCACCUGAUGCAAUUAAAGCAUGUGCUGGAUUUAGUGGUCGUCGUAAAAGGAAUCAGUACCAAGUUAACCAACUUUACAAUUCUAUGAUCUACCCUCUUUUGAGAAACACGAUCAAAGGCGUCAUCUGGUACCAAGGUGAAUCUAACGCUGCUCACGCCUACCAGUACUCAUGCCAGUUUCUUGAGAUGAUAAACGACUGGAGAGCUAAAUUCAGCAAAGCGUCUGGAGGAACAACCAGUUCCUCCUUCCCAUUCGGUUUCGUACAGUUAGCCCCUUACAGGGAGGCCCAACAGAACCUGGCUUACCCACAGCUCCGGUGGGCACAGACAGCUAAUAUCGGAUACGUUCCCAAUUCUCUGCUACACAAUGUCUUCAUGGCAGUAGCUAUGGAUCUGCCAGACUUCACAUCACCCUACGGAAGCAUACACCCACGUUACAAACAUGACGUAGCUUAUCGUCUGUACCUUGCGGCAUUGGGCGUGGCUUAUCAUCAGAGGGGCGUGGAAUUCGAGGGUCCAUUUCCUACGUCUGCUGUGAUUGACAGCACGCAUCGCCAUCUGACGAUUGAAUACGACCGGGGCCUAGCUCCUAUUGAAGUCCGAUCCAGUGAGGGGUUCGAGGUAUGCUGCGUAAAUCAUAACACAACCUUCUGCAAUAGUUUUCACACUCAUUGGAUGAACGCCACGAUGACGUCACACGACUAUGCUACUGUUACCCUAGAUAUAUCUUCAUGUAACCAUGCAAAUCACGUGGUGCAGGUCAGAUACGCCUGGCAGGAGAGCCCCUGUCCUCUCCAUCAGUGCGCAGUAUAUGGGAAGUCGAGUAAUUUACCAGGACCACCAUUCACGUUUCAUGUCAGUGCGUGAAUACCUGGUUUUUGUAAACAUUUCUUCAUUAAAAAUUACUGUCACAUACGAUAAAAAAAA